AUGGGCGGCCUCAGCGCCCGCCCGACCGCUGGGAGGACCGACCCGGCAGGGACCUGCUGGGGGCAGGACCCGGGGAGCAAGAUGGCCACGGUCAUCCCCAGCCCCCUGAGCCUUGGCGAGGACUUCUACCGGGAGGCCAUCGAGCACUGCCGCAGCUACAACGCGCGCCUGUGUGCCGAGCGCAGCCUGCGCCUGCCCUUCCUCGACUCGCAGACCGGCGUGGCCCAGAACAACUGCUACAUCUGGAUGGAGAAGACCCACCGCGGGCCUGGUUUGGCUCCGGGACAGAUCUACACUUACCCCGCCCGCUGUUGGAGAAAGAAACGGAGACUCAACAUCCUGGAGGACCCCAGGCUCCGGCCCUGCGAGUACAAGAUCGAUUGUGAUGCACCCCUGAAGAAGGAGGGUGGCCUCCCAGAAGGGCCAGUCCUUGAGGCUCUGCUGUGUGCUGAGACUGGAGAGAAGAAAGUGGAGAUGAAGGAGGAGGAGACCAUUAUGGAUUGUCAGAAACAGCAGUUGCUGGAGUUUCCGCAUGAUCUCGAGGUAGAAGACUUGGAGGAAGACAUUCCCAGGAGGAAGAACAGGGCCAAAGGAAAGGCAUAUGGCAUCGGAGGUCUCCGAAAACGCCAGGACACCGCAUCCCUGGAGGACCGAGACAAGCCGUACGUCUGUGAUAUCUGUGGGAAGAGGUAUAAGAACCGGCCAGGGCUCAGCUACCACUACACCCAUACCCACCUGGCUGAGGAGGAGGGGGAGGAGCACACUGAGCGCCACGCCCUGCCUUUCCACCGGAAAAACAACCAUAAACAGUUUUACAAAGAAUUGGCCUGGGUCCCUGAGGCACAGAGGAAACACACAGCCAAGAAAGCACCAGAUGGCACUGUCAUCCCCAAUGGCUACUGUGACUUUUGCCUGGGGGGCUCCAAGAAGACUGGGUGUCCGGAGGACCUCAUCUCCUGUGCGGACUGCGGGCGAUCAGGACAUCCCUCAUGUUUACAGUUCACGGUGAACAUGACUGCAGCUGUGCGGACCUACCGCUGGCAGUGCAUCGAAUGCAAGUCCUGCAGCCUGUGUGGCACCUCGGAGAAUGACGGUGCCAGCUGGGCGGGUCUCACCCCCCAGGACCAGCUGCUGUUCUGUGAUGACUGCGAUCGGGGUUACCACAUGUACUGCCUGAGCCCUCCCAUGGCGGAGCCCCCGGAAGGGAGCUGGAGUUGCCACCUCUGUCUUCGGCACUUGAAAGAAAAGGCCUCUGCUUACAUCACCCUGACUUAGGCCUGGCUCUACUUCUCCAGGACCUUUGGGUGGUGCUAUCUUCUGCCUCUUGGAGCUCCUGGCUCUUCCCACCCGGUGUCCCCAGGGGAAGGGAUAGGGUGAAGCCUAGAGGGGGGCCAAGGUGUUCUCCCUCUGCAAGUGGAAUGUUACCCUGCGGGUGGGCGGGUCCAGCAGGGUCCCUCCUGUCCCCCCUCUUCAUCCCUUGACAAAUGGGCACCAGGUUUCUGCUCCCCUCAAAGCCAUACCCCGCCUCUGGGCGGGCAUAGAGGGGUAGUGGAUGCCAGCCAGUGGCACGGAAAGAGCCUUUUUCUAAAGAAAAAGACAAAAAGUGAAAAAAAAAAAGGAAAAAAAAGAAAUUAAUAUAUACAGAGUCCUAUAAAGCCUGGCUGGGUGGAGGGGCACUGUGAGUGUCUGCUGGGGACCUGACUUUACCAGUUUCCUGAAUGGCGCCUCCCCACCCUGUUUCUGGAGUUGCAAUGGUCUCAACUCCCAUCUGAGGUGGGUACCAUCCCUUGCUCACACCCAGGCCGGUGGGCACCGUGCCCACCGUGGACACUGCAUGAUGUGAACCAUGGUUUUGAACUCUUCCUGUCCCUCCUUGAUAGUCCCGCCCUGCACCCGCCUGGUGCCUGCCAGGCCUGGGGCAUGCAGCUGGGGGAGGCUGGUGGGGUGAGGCAGGCAGGCAGCCAGCCCCGCUGCAGUGAGAAGCACAGAUUGCAAUGGACUCAGUUUUUUUCCCCCCUCCCUUCCCAGCCCUUUCCUUCCCUACCCAGCCAGGCUGGGCUGCCUCCUACCCCCCUCGCUAGCCAUUUUGGGGGUGGCAAGGGGGUGUGGUUGUUUCUCGUGGUUGUGUGUGUUUGUUGUUCGGGUUUUAAAAAAGGGAAAUUGAGACUGCAAGUGGGGGAGGUGGAGGGUCUGGGGGAGUCUGCCCCCAAUCCAGGAGUACCCCCCUUGCCACCAAGUCUCCUUUAUUGCCUGCCUCUGCUGUGAAUUAACUUGUUCUGUGUAUUAAACUGGGCCUGACCCCUCUGCCCACAACUGCUUCCAUCUCUAACCUCUCUUGGGGUGUCACCAACAAGGGAAGCCAAGGGGCCUCAUUGGGGUAGAGGCUGUGGCUGGCCCCCACCUCUUUGCCCCUACACCAUGCCUCCCUCUGGCUUUGUCCCAGCUCCUCCUGUCUUGCUGGAGAGAAGAGGGGGAUGGGGUGGAGGGGCUCCCACCCAGCCAGCUGUGGUUGCCAUAGCAACGGGCUGCUGCAGCUGCAGCGGGAGGCAGCUCAAAGAGGGAGGUGGGAGUGAAGACUGGGGGAAGGGAGGGCUGGAGAGACCAGAAGGCAGCCCCCUCCCAGGCUAGGGUUCUGAGGUAGCACCUCAGCAUGGCUGGCUGUCACUUGGGAUUCCCUGUCCUGGGUGUGGCUAAAAGUGGAGGACAGGAGGAGGACUCAAAAGGAUUCAAGGAGAUGGGUGGGGUGGGGUGGGGUGGGGGUGGUGGGAGUGGAGAACCAGGGCAAUGGUCAGGGAGGAAGAGUGUUCUGAGGCCACAGAUUUACUGAAUGAAAAGGCAAAGCUGAGGAGAUACACACAUGAAGAGAGUCCCAGGAAUUCCGAGGGAAGAGGACAGGGAUGGGGUAGAGGACUAGUCCAGGAAAUAAUAGUUUUUUA